UCCAUCAUGGCUCCCUCGAUAGACAGACAAGGAUACUGGGGGCGGCCGACCUCGACGCUGGACUGGUGCGAAGAAAAUUAUGUCGUCUCUUUUUACAUCGCGGAAUUUUGGAAUACUGUCAGCAACCUGAUUAUGAUUCUUCCUCCCAUUUGUGGGGCCAUUCAGACGUUUCGUGACGGCCUCGAGUUUCGCUACAUCUGCUCUUUCCUCGGACUAGCAGCCGUUGGUGUUGGUUCCUGGUGCUUCCACAUGACGCUUUUAUAUGAGAUGCAGCUGCUGGACGAGUUGCCAAUGAUUUACAGUACAUGCGUCUUUGUCUACUGUCUAUAUGAGUGCUUCAAACAAGAGAACAGCAUUAGUUUAUUUCCUAUUGCAUUAUUAUUCAUCUUCAGUGUCUCAGUCACUGUGGUAUACUUACAGUGGAAGGAGCCAGUGUUUCACCAGGUCAUGUACGGUGCUCUAGUAGCUUGCCUCGUCAUGCGAUCCAUCUUCAUUGUUACGUGGGUGUACCCGUGGCUCAGACCGCUGUGUUACACCUCCUUAGGUAUCUUUAUGUUAGGUUUCCUACUGUGGAACAUUGACAAUAUCUUCUGUGACUCAUUGAGAGCCAGUAGACAAACACUGCCCCCUGGUGUUGGAGUAGUAACACAAUUCCAUGCCUGGUGGCACAUCUUCACAGGCUUGGGAUCCUACCUGCACAUACUUCUCAGCCUUCAAAUCAGGUCAACCUACCUCAAGUACAGACCAAAAGUAAAGUUUCUGUGUGGAGUUUGGCCCACAUUGCACAUUGAACCACAGAAGACGAGCUGAAGUAAAGGGAUGGGUACCAGCUGAAGGAUGGUGACUGCCAUAUCCCAACACCAUCGCGCAGGGACCUGCCAAUGCCCUCUGCUGGGAACUCAGCCCACAUGCAGGGGGCAGGUGGACCCCAAGACACCACCCCAGGGAGCCCUUGGUUCUGCACUGUGGCGAUUUACUAAGUACAGUAUAGCACUGAUUCCUGUUUUAAGAAAUGGAAGAUUUUUCUCAGCAAUCAUAAUUUAUUAGACUAGCUUUUCUGUAACUUUACUGAAAUGUAAUCAUUUCAUUUGCUCCUUCAUUAGUAGUCCACUGCAGUGAUAACUGUUGAAGGGGUUAUGGAUGUUCGCUUGAUUAGGGUUUGGGACAAGGGAAAACUGUCAUUAAUUCCGCAUUCACAUUGGCAUAUUUAUCGUUGUAUAUUCGAUUCUGUCAGACUUUGAACCUCCUAAGCUUGAAGCUAUUUAAAUAGAUCCUUAAACUAAUGUAUUAAGAAGACUAAUGCUUAUGUGUAGUUUUACAAGUGGCUGGGGGAGCUGUGCUUACAACUCCAGUGUUGUCAUAUCCCUCUUCAAGGAGUAUCAUAUUGUUCUUGGAUAUGCUUGCUACAUAUGGGAUAGUAACCACCAGCUGGAAAGUGAAAGUGGUACUGUGUUAUUGUAGCUCAGCUUUCUUGACUAGAAGAUCCUUAUUCAUUUGUUUGGCCAGCCUUAAUUUUUUACUUGAAAUGUUCCUAUCAAAACAUGGCAAGAAUGGUAUUAUUAAUUUCUUUUUUGAUGUUGUUGCCAAAGUUGCUCUGGGUGUUUGAAAUGUUCAUGUUUUACCUCACUAUAAACAAACAAGAAAUGCAGUGCUUACAUAUAGUUUUGUUACAAAACAUCAUUACACUGAGUUUUAAUUUUGUUGAAGACUGGGAUAAACAUUGCCCAGUCAUACAGAGCUAGUUGGACCAUUCUUUACAUCUCAAGGCUUUCUGGACACUUACAAUGCUUUCACAGUUGUUUCAAGUGAUACACCACAAUUUGUGGUCUGUGAAGGACGAGGACUUGAGAGCCACCUUUCAAGCACACAGGGGUUUUGUGAUGGGUGUUUAGGGCUUGUUUAGUUUAGAGACCACUUUUUUGGAAUUGACCAGCAUCUCGAGGGUGUAAUUAGGCACAAAUAAUGCAAACAUAGAGAAAUAUCACUGGAAAUACACUAAGUCAAUGUGCCUGUCAUCUAUCUCCAGCCAUUAUCAGUGGCCAGAUUACUGCAGCUGAUUUGUUCAGUUAGCAUCGAGGGCAGUAACAGUAAAAUGCUAAUAGUUGAAACCCAGCUAACUAAGCCAGCUAACAAAGAAUACCUGUUAAAGAAACACAUUUACUACUUGUAAUUGUACAUAUUCAGUCAAAGCACCGAUUGAAUGAAUGGAACAUAUCUGAAUGGGGAAAUAGACACAGCCAGUUCUGAUUAGUGUUUUUCUUCCUGCUUCCUUAAUAUCUGUUGCAAUGGUAAACAGUAAUGUGCCCCCUUCAUAUGAAACAAUACUUUACUUCGUUUAAGUCAGAAGUUUUGAAAUCCCUUUAUCUACAGGUACUUAAGACUUCAACGUCUCUCCACAGUACUACUACAUUUUAUUUAUUACUCUGUUAUUUAUUAGUCCCUUUCUCUUUAUUUAUUGACACCAUUGCAUCUAGAUGACGAGUCAGAUGGUACAUACAUACCUUGCAGAGUAAUAUCUUUGUGAAGCAGUUUAUGAUACAACCACUAGGUGGCAGAAAUUUCCAGCUUAUUUCAGACAUUGCCAAGCAUGCCAUAGUGCACUGAAAAACUAUCUACCUACUGUAAAACGCUUAGGUUCUUUGCCUCAGUUUUCAUGUACUGGAUCUGUGGUGUUAAAUGAAGGGCUCAUUAUUUACCGUAUUUGUUUUGCUACUGUGAAAUCGUGGAUAUGUAAUGGUAACAAUAGAACCUGGAGUAACCGAUAAACUGGAAGAUGCACAACAUUAGUGUCGUAUUGAGGUAUCUGCAUUUGUGUGGCCUCCUAAACUGCUGUGUGCUCUGUCAUUUCCUGAGACAACACAGCUUUCAUUAUGCAUACACACUGUGUAACUAACUCUAAUAUGCUUGGGUAUAACAACUGCUUCAACCCAGUGUUACAAACAUUCAUAAGCACAUAAGUAUAAUCAGUGAAAGACAUGUAUUAACGUCGCUCAUGUAUGUUUGGAACCUUCAGUGUAUGUUAUUACUGUUCAUCAGUAGAAGUGAGCAGUUGUCAAAGAGGGUGCCUUAUUGUUAUCCUUGCAGUGUAAUCCAAGUUGCCUUGAUGUUUGUGAUAAACCUUUCAAGUUGUCCCUCCUGUUUUUCCAAUGUGCCCUUCCCCCAAUUAUUAGCAGUUAAAGCAUCAGGAGGACGAACAGUAACAGCUUCUGAUGCAAAGUCUGUGCCUGAUUCUUUGGCCUACCGUUCAUGUCGUGUGUCCAUCAACUUAGUGACAGGUUGUUCUAAUAAUGUUAACUGUAGCUGAAAGUGAUAAUACUUACUUGUUGAGGCCAGAAGAGCAAAUUUUCGUUGAACUUUGGUCAUGUGCCAGUUUUUAAUGAUGCCCUGUAUUGUCAAAUAAAAGAAAAUGUGUCAGACGCUGUAUUUCAUUUCAUGUUUAUAAGAUGUUGAUUCUUUUCUGCUCAUACCAGCCAACUACAACAAAUGGAUGCAAUUUGAGUAUGACACAGAAGGCUGCAGUGUCAACAACCAUUGAAAUGCUAACAUAUAACUCAUGAAUCCUUUGGCAUAGCCUCAUAUUAUUAUACAUGAUGUUAUUAUUCAUACAACUUGAAGGUGUGGCAAUUGUUUACUGGCAGUGGCACAAACACACUGCACACUACUGGCACUGGCAUUCUUCCAUAACACUCCUCAGACUGAUAUUGAUAAGGGUAGUUUUCCUGACUGAGAGUCAUGCUUGACGUACAGCAUUACUCUGCAACCCACUCACCACACAGUGCAACCCACUCUAUGUAGAGGUUCACGAAACUGUGAGUAAUUUCAGGAAAUACUGUUUUAAAACUUUUGAUCCUUCCCCCUCCCUGCUGUUCUUUCUUUUCCUAACAUUGUAGUCACCUGUUUGAUUUCUUCCAGCAGUGGAAGUAAAUGAAGCCACGAAGGUU